CAACAUGGCUGCUGCUGCUGUCAAACGUCACAAUUCGAAUUUGUUAUUUUCCUGAAAAAUGUAAAAAGUAUGUUAAAUGGGAUUUUCAUUAAUUUCCUCAAUAUUAAAUGUAAGUGCAAGAUUCUGUAGUACUAGGACAAGUCCAUCAAUCAUGAGAUAUCUAAAUGUGGCCGAGAAAAACGAUGCCGCCAAAAAUAUCGCCGCGAUUCUAUCUCGGGGGGCUUCACAGAGGCGUGAAGGCUUUUCCCCUUACAACAAAAUCUACGAAUUCGACACGACUGUAAUGGGUCAACAAGCUCACAUGGUAAUGACUUCAGUUUCAGGACAUUUAUUGAAUUACGAAUUCGGGCUCAGUUUUCGUAAUUGGAGGUCGUGUAAUCCUGUUGCAUUAUUCGACGCGCCGGUCGUUAAAGUAUGUCCGGAAGAUUACCAAAAAAUUAAGAGGACUUUAGAGCGUGAAAUUAGGUCCUGUGGAGGGUUAAUAAUCUGGACUGAUUGUGAUCGUGAAGGUGAAAAUAUCGGUUUUGAAAUAAUCAAGGUUUGUAGUGACAUUAAACCAAAUUUGAGGAUUUAUCGCGCAAAGUUUUCUGAAAUUACCGCUGCUUCGAUAUUCAGAGCUUUAAAUACGUUAGGACAGCCUAAUAAAAAUGUAAGUGAUGCGGUUGAUGUCAGGCAGGAGUUGGAUUUAAGAACAGGGGCUGCUUUCACUCGACUACAAACUUUAAGACUACAACGAGUGUUUCCCCAGAAACUUGCCGAUAAAUUGAUAAGUUAUGGGUCUUGUCAAUUCCCCACGCUGGGAUUUGUGGUAGAAAGGUACCAAGCCAUUGAGGAUUUUAUUCCAGAACAGUUUUGGAAAAUAAAAAUGAGUCACACUGUCGGGGAAAUAACGACCGAAUUCACCUGGAAAAGGGACCGCCUUUUCGACAAAAACGCCUGCGAGGCAAUUUUAGACAUUUGCAAAGAAUCUCCAACUGCAACCGUUGAAAAAGUCGAAGGUAAACCCAAAAGUAAGUGGAGACCUCUGCCUCUUGACACCAUCGAAAUGGAGAAAACUGUCUCAAGAAAACUCAAAAUCACGGCUAAAGACACCAUGAAAAUCGCUGAAAAAUUAUACACCCAAGGUUUAAUCAGUUAUCCUCGAACUGAGACAAAUAUCUUUCCCAAGGAAUUAAAUUUGGCGAAUUUGGUCACAUUGCAGCAGGAGGAUCAACGUUGGGGCGCCUUCGCACAGCGCGUCAUGAACGAAGGGGGGCCCACCCCGCGACAAGGUAAAAAAUCCGACCAGGCCCACCCUCCCAUACACCCAACAAAAUACUCGAAUAAUUUAACCGGAAACGAGCAACGUGUUUAUGAAUAUAUCGUGCGACAUUUCUUGGCUUGUGUCCAUAAAGACGCUCGAGGUUUUGAAACUGUGGUCACUGCUGACAUCGCUGAGGAAAAAUUCACAGCAAAAGGACUGAUAAUCUUGGAAAAAAAUUACCUCGAUGUGUACAUUUACGAAAAAUGGAACGCGAAAGAGAUAUACAGUUACCAAGAAGGCAACACUUUCAUUCCCACUGUUUUGGAAUUGUACGAAGGCUCAACUGCGCCCCCGAAAUUACUGACAGAAGCCGAUUUAAUUGCGUUGAUGGAAAAACACGGAAUUGGCACUGAUGCCACCCACGCCGAACAUAUCGACACUAUCAAAACUCGCGAAUAUGUAGGUCUUCAUGAAAAUAUUUAUUUUGUGCCAGGAACCCUUGGAAUGGGUUUGGUUGAAGGUUAUAACAAUAUCGGUUUAGAGGUGAGUCUGGCUAAACCGAUUUUACGAGCCGAUUUUGAAAAAGACUUGAAGUUGAUUUGCGACGGUUUGAAAGACCCGGAAGUUGUAAGGAGGGAACAAAUUGGGAAAUAUCGUGCAGUUUUUGAAACAGUGGUCGACAGAAUGAGACAAAUUGACGAAUGUUUGGCCAAUCGGCUGGCUGAUCGGCCCCAAAUCGUUGAGGAUGAGCAGUAUGAAAAUGUCCAAGUUAGACCAGUUUUGAAAUGUCCCAAAUGUGGAAACGAUAUGAUCAUCAGGAACAAGAAAAAUAAUACUGGGAAAUUCAUCUCGUGUUCGGGCUAUCCUGAUUGUCGAAAUGCCAUUUGGUUACCACAAAAUGUGGAGACCAUUGAGGUUUUAGAUGAAAGUUGUCCACAGUGUGGACCUAAUGUAAAAUUAGUAAAAAUGAAAUUCAAACAAAACAUUUUUGUUGGUGAGCCCAACCCCAACACUAUUUGUAUCGGAGGUUGCGAUAUCAACGUAUUGGAGGCUUUGGACAUAAACCUUUCAUCAGUUAAAAGAACAAAUGGGGUACCACAAAAUAACCAAACUGUCAUUAACCACCAAGCAAACUCUAAUAAUAAUAGACCUUUAAAUAAUGGACAAAAUAACACAAAUCCUCGUCGAGACAGUGGGCCCACAACCGCAACUCCCGGUCCUUCAGGGCUCUCAAAUCGUUCAAACACGGAUCAUGACAUUGUGUGUGCUUGUAAUUUGGAACCUUUGCAGUUAACCGUACGUAAAGACGGCCCUAACAAAGGUCGCAAAUUCUACAAAUGCAAAAACCAAACUUGCGAUUUUUUCCUGUGGGCUUCAGACGAGCCAAAUGCUAAUGCAACGUUGAAUAAUGUUCAAAAUGACGUCAUUAAAUGUAGAUGUGAUUUACCGGCGACUCGGAGAACGGUGUCGAAAGAUGGCCCAAAUAAAGGACGCCCCUUUUACUGUUGCCCAAAACCAUUGGGGGAAGGGUGUGGGUUUUUCAAAUGGGCGGAUGAGGGGGAUGAUGGCGGCGGCGGUGGUGGUGGAGGAGGAGGACCUGGUGAUGACGGAGACGGCCCCCGAUUUCCAGCUUGGAAGACAAAAGCCCCCAAAACAAACAAUCGCAGCGCACCGUACAAUAAUAAAACACGGGCGAAAAGAAAAUGUGGCAAAUGUGGUCAAGAAGGCCAUACAAGAAAUAAGUGCCCUAAUUAAAUAUUUUUAUAUAAAUUUUAAGAAUAAAAAUUAAAUUUAUGUUA